AAUAUAGUUUCCGACACCCUGUUUUAUAAUCAAGGGAAAUGAAGGACCUACAGAAUGCCUGGCAUACAGAUAGAAAUCUUUGAGGUACGGAGUCCGGGGCUGUUUUAUGGCCGGGAAGUGAAAGAGUCCUCGUCGGAGAGAGUUGUCUUUAAUCAGUUUGAACAUAAUUUGAAUAAGCAGUAUGAAAAUCCCCAAAGCUGUAGUCUGUAUCAGCCAGCAAAUAAUGAGGUGUGUAUUGGAAAAGCUGGAGACAAGUGGUGUAGGGUGAGAGUGGAAGAAAUAUACAGAAGACAGAGGGGUCAUGAGGCUAAGUGUUUUCUUCUUGAUUUUGGAACUAUGGAAAUGAUUCCCUUCCAGUGGUUGCGGAAAGCUAACCAGAGCCAUCUGUCUGUACCGUACCAGGUGAAGUGUUACAGUCUGUAUGGUAUACAGGCCCAGACCAUGGCCCUCCAGGAGGACCUGUCCUGUCACAUGGAGCCUUGUGUAGCAUGGGAUGAAUCAGCAACAGAAUACAUGAAGAAGUGCCUUCAAAACACGGCACAAUAUUUUGUUGAUGUGAAGAAUGCAGACAUGAACAAAGUUGAAGUUAUACUGUACAUCAAAUUAAGGAAUGGAGAAGUGUGUUUUAAUGAUGACCUUGUGAGAAAUAAGUAUGCUGUAAGGAAAAAUCCAGAAGAUGUCCAGAAUGUAACACCGCCUGACAAUAAAACCAGAUCUCAACCAUUAACAAUAGAGGGUGAGCUUAACAGGCUGGAGCUAAAGAAAUCGAAAUUAAAAUCUAAAACAACUCCUAGUUCUAGUGACAUUGACUCGGUUAUCUCAGGACCACAGACUACAGCUCAAGGAACUGAUUCCGAGUCCUCCAAAUCAGGGAGUGUGCUGGAGAGCCGUAGAUCAGGGCUAGGUCGAGGAUUCUCACUAGGCCAGACGCUCAGGGAAUGGAAAGGAAAGAGUAAAACUGAGAAUUCAAAAGACACUGAAUCCUUAGUGAGAAAAGACUCUAACUCUUCAGGUAAAACGACAACAGGGAGAAAUAAUGGAAGCAGCUCUCAAAGUCUUCCGGCCGAUCCUGAGGAUUCUCAUAUGUUGUCCUUUGUUCACAGGCAUCAAAAACCUAGAUCAACUACUGAACAAAAAUUUAAAAUGUCUAUAGGCCGGAAACAGGGUAGCUCUCAAUCCCUCAGUUCAGGCGAGGGUAGUGUAAUGUCUGCACCAUCUAUAAAAUCUCUGCACACUCCAAUGAAUGGAAUGCUGGGAAGACUGAUGAGCAGUUUAAUAGCUGCCCAGCCCUCCACUACCCCCCAACCUAGUGUGUCAGACUCUGAAUUGCUCAAAUCAAAUCCAUCUAAUGCCAUCCAUAGAUCUGUUCAUACAGAAGGGUCUUCCUCGGAAAGUGUUCAGAAAAACAUUAGGACUUUUACCCCUUCCUCCUUACAAAAAUUACAACAAUCUGUGGAAGAACCUCCAUUUGUAAAUACCUCAUCUGUUUCUAUGGAUUGUAAUAAGAAUUUCCAAGUGCCAAAGAGAAUUGAUGGAGAAAAUCUAAACAUAGGGUCAUCAUCUUCAGGAGAAGUAGUCAACUCAUUGAGUGAAACAUUGUCAAAUGAAAACGUCAGACAACCAGAAAGCACAGUCACAAAUAUAAGGGACCAGAUAAAAGAUCUUAGGGUUGCUGAUUCCAGGGGAGAUGUUGAUCGUAGAACUGACAUGAUGAGCAAAAUUCAGGGUGACAGAAUCAUGGCAAACUUAUCUGGUGGUGCAAAACCGAUAUCUGCAAGUACAGCAGUUGUAUCAAGGAAAUUUUUAGAUGGUGUUCUGGUACACAGUGAAAAGACAAUAACCCCUUAUCUCAACUUUGAUGACACUCCGCUAGUCCCAGAGCUGAAGGAGAUUCUGAAGGGUUUUGAGUUUCCCUCUCCAAUGUUGAUCCAGGCCUAUGGAUGGCCGGGUAUUUUAAAAUUGAACCAUGUGGUAGGUGUUUCACCUGUCAAUACUGGAAAAACCUUCACCUACCUGUGUCCUCUACUCAGCGAGCUCCUCCAUCCACUGUCCUACAAAGAACUGGCCAUCGGCAACGGGCCUCUUGCUUUAGUGCUGGUGUCCUCCUGGAAGAAGGCUCAGUCUGUGUACGAUGUCACUACCGGACUACUGAGGGAUCAUCAUCGACCGCGCCCACUGGUCAUUUACGGAGGAGGGUGUGAACACAAUCAAUACGUUCCACUGAUGAAUGGUUGUGAGAUUUUGAUUGCUACGCCCCCAUGUCUUGUCCGCAUGAUCAAUCGCAGAUACACCGACCUCCAGCGACUUUGUCAUCUGGUAGUUGAUGAUGCUGAUCUCCUGCUGAAGGAGUACUCUGAGGAGGUGCAGGAAAUCAUGGAUUUGUUUGCUGAGGCCAGGAAGGAGAACAUACACAAGGCAGUCCCCUAUCAGAUCAUCACCAUGGGAACACAAUGGACUCCAGCUGUCCACAGCUUCACACAGGCUUACAUGCCAGACCCAACCAUUAUCAUCACAUCUCGAUUCGAGGCUGCUAUUUAUGGAAAAGUCAUACAGCAUGUUGAAAUGUGCCAAAGUUCACAGAGGUCUACCAGACUUUUAGAAGUUUUAGAUAGUGUCUUAAGCAAUGGGGUGAAGGUCAUCAUCUUCACAACCACAGUCAAUGAUGUGUGUUUCCUCAUCAAGCUGCUGAAAAGCCAUUCCCUCUGCUGUCUGAAAAUACACCAUCAGAUGGAAAGCUAUGAGAUUGAAAUGGCUGUCCAUGACUGGAAAUCGGGCUCAGAGAAGGAUGGUCCAAAACUUCUAGUUUGUACAGAUGAAUGUAUCAGUGAUAUAAAGAUAGAUGAUGCCAAUGCUGUGAUUCAUUAUGACAUACCCGCCGAGUCCAAAUCCAGGUUUGGGAAUCGUCUCUCCUGUCUGAGGAAGUACUACGCUCACUACUCAGGAUUGGAGGAGGAGGAGGGAGGGCAGAAUGUCAAACCCAUAUCUUACAUCUUGAUGACGGAACAAAGUACCGGCCAGGCUCGCUCAGUCCGAGAUCUACUGAGACGACUAAAACUUCCCAUACCAAGGGAGCUCACAGCCCUGCUUGCUGGCAUGAAACAGCAACAAGAAGAAGACAAGGAGAAGGGACUGUGUAGUUACCUUAAGGCUUAUGGUGCUUGUAGGUUUCAGACCCGGUGUCCUUAUCGACACAUUAUUUUACCCGAUGUAGACAAACCUUGCUGUGACCUUUUGACCUCAGGUGAAAUCAAGAUUCGUGUCACAGAUGUUGUGAAUGCCACCUGUUACUAUGCUCGAGUGUUAGAGCAUCGUAAACGUGAUGGCCCAUUUUCUGACCUUUCCAACACUGCUCUGUCCAUUAUGUUUGAGAUAGAAAACUGGUUCUCUUCUGAAAAUAAUCGUGUCAGGCUUGGAAAUGUGUGUGCUGGUGAUGUGUGUGCAAUAGAAGAAGACAACUCAUUCUUCAGAGUACAGAUCCAGGAUAUCAAGGGGAGUAACUCUCCUGGCUCAAAGACAAUGCAGGCUCAGGUGUUCUUUGUUGAUGAGGGUCGAGUGAAAGACGUCUCCAUGUUCAAACUCUAUGAACUCCCUCCACACUUAAAGUCAUAUCCAUUCCAGACGGUUGAGGUCUACCUGUGCAGACUGAGACCGAUAGACAGGGAUGAAAACUGGACCUCCAAUGCUGACCAGUUUGUUCAUGGAAUAUUACAAGACAAAGUUCUAUAUGGCAGAAUUGUACUGAGCAUUGGAAACACUGUAUGGUUGGAUCCUUUGGUAGAAAGACAACGUCUGAGGGAAAACAAAGGGUUUAUCAACAAAAUGUAUGUCAGAUCCGAACUCUUAAGAAAUGGAUAUGCUGUUGAAAAUGAAGAGCAUGUUCAGAACUUGUACAGAUUGUGUGAAGGCCUGCUACCCAUCCCUACUCUACCCAACACAGAGGACAAUAUGGAGCUAUCUGUGGAGACAGACUUGCUGCCGGAGGACGAGGAAUUCCACACAGUCUACGUGUCCGCUUGUGAAGAUCCCGGUCUCUUCUUCAUACAGCGUUGUCAAUUUGUCAAACAAAUGGAUGCCAUGAUUGAUGCAAUCAAUGACAAACUACAGAAGACUGAGGUGACACCAAUGAAGGUGGCGUCCUGUCAGGUGGGCCUGAUCUGUCUGGGAAAGUACACCCAGGACGAUGCAUGGUAUCGUGUUAAAAUAGUGGAGUGUGUAGAUAAUGGAGACUAUAAGGUGAUGUUCUGUGAUCAGGGUGACUAUGAGGUCCUGCCCAUCAGUCGACUCCAUCCAUUUCCUCAGGAAUAUUCUGAAAUCCCUAUGUUGGCUAUUGAGUGUGAACUGGCUCAUAUUCAGCCCAGAGGUGAGGGCUGGGAUGAGAGUGCUGGUGAUGCAUUGUGGGACAUGACUCAUACUGUUGCAGGAGGCAAUAAAAAGUUGAUGGCUAAGGUGAUUGGGAAGAAGGACUCUUCGUUUACAGGUAUACACAGAUAUAUAGUGGAAUUGUGGGAUACCUACACAGCCAACGACAUCAAUCUCGCUCAGGAACUGGUCUGGUCAGGGCUCGCGUCUCCAAAGGAGGGUUCCAACCUCCAGGAGAUGUUCCAAAAGCCUCCCAUGAUAAAUUUCCAGGUGUAUAGAAAUCCUGUCCAGAUGGUAAUGGAUCUCUGUGCCUGUUUGUACUGGAGAAAGGAUCAGAAACGAAAAAUUCCCCCAGCACUGGAAAUUUUUGAUAUUGUAACAAAGGCUGUUAACCGUAGUCCUUUGGACCUUGUGGGUUACCGAGGACUAGCUGCUAUUAUUAAGUUGAUUGGUCGACUGACAGAUGACACCGCCCACAAAUGCCUUCUAGAAAGUCUCCUGAUAGCAGCAGAAAACAACGACAGACUGGCAGAAGAAAUUGUCAACCAAGAUGGAGAUCAUUGUGUUAUCCAGUGUUUAGAUCAGAAAAGCCGUCCAAAAAUUCAAACUCAGGCUCUAGAGGCCAUAUACAGACUUAUAAAAUGUAAUAACAGAUUUGUGAAAGCCUUCAGUGAUGCCUCGGUCCUCGAGUGCCUGUGUGAGAUUCUGGAGGUGGCAGAGGAACCAGAGAUUCUUUAUGGAACAGGACGGGCUUUGAAUAUUAUCUGUAAACAGUCCAAGAGUAUGUGCCAAAAAUGGAAAAACCAUGAACGUCUUCCGGGACUUCUAGAUUCAGUCUACAGCUAUAAAACACAAUCACGUUCACAACUUCCUGUUACUGCGAAAAAGGGUGCCUCUGACAUAGUGUACCAUUUUAAAGUCUGUGAAUUAAUCACCGAGUCUCUCAAACGCACAGACGACCUACAGGCAUGCCAGUCACUGAUGCAGUUUUUGGUUACUCUUGUCAAUAAAAAUGGAAAACGAGAACCUCUGCACAAUGAAAAACUUGCCAAGGUGGUCGUUUCCAAAAUGAGUUCAUUCCUAGAUGAUAUGUGUAUAUCCUGUGGAGUGACCUACUGUGAGAAUCUAUGCAAGGAAAACCGAAAAAAGAAAACUUUUCUCCUGGAGCAAGGAGUUGUGGUCAUUCUUAAAAAAGCUAUCAAACAACAGAAGCUCUGCCCAGAAACUUAUGGGAAAUGUGAGAGGUUCCUCAACAGCCUUGUAAUCCAGGUCCCAACAUCCAGCUCUAUCAACAGUAAACCCAUCCAUCCAUCCCGGUCCGGGUACCCCCGACAAACACUGGUACCUAUCAUAACUUGGGCCCAGAACAAGCGGAAUGUGAUCUUGGCAGUACGAGUGGCCCGAGCAGGUGAUGCUCCAGUUAAAGUCAAUCAAAACAGCUUCUUCUUCAGAACGGUUGUGGAUGAUACCUUGUAUGAAGCAAAGUAUGAGCUGUUUGGUAGAAUUCAGCCGGAUGCCUGUCAUGUGUCAGUCAAACGUUCAGAAGUCCUUGUUAAACUGAGAAAGGAUGAACCGGGGAGCUGGCCACGCCUACUGAAACUCAAGACAAAGUUCCCCAACAUCAGCUUGGACUAUGAUAAGUUUGCCUGCAGUUCAUCCGAGGAGGACAUCUCUGAUGACAACAAUCCAUUUGUUCUGAAGAAGCGGAAGGUUAAGAAAUUUCCAAAAGACAUGAAGAGACCAAAAGGUUUGGCUGUAGGGGAGGGGUACCAGGAAAGUGAAGAAGACAGUGAAGAGGAUGAAGAUGACAGUGAGGAGGUGACCUUGGGGCUGGAAGAUGACCCAGACCCUUACGACGUGUUUGGAAAGAGGUCAUGAUGACUACUCUGAUAGUGCCUAGUCAUUUACAGCUUGUGAUUUAAGUGUUGUCAUUCAGAAAGACCCAGAAGUAGAGCCUGGAACAUCCUAGAACAGAAGAUUAGAUCUGGGAUGGAAGAAAGGCAGAGGAACAAAUGGAGGAUUGUGCUCCUCCUGAAAAUUGUGUUCAUGACUCACUAUAUCUGGUGCUGAAAACGGAAUCUGAUUUAUUUUUACUCACAUGAUCUUUAUAGGUCGUAGGUCACACAAAUUUAGACCGUAAGAAUUAGAACUGAGACUGAAGUUAUAUUUUUUAUAAGAAACCAUUAAUCAUGAUUUUGAUUUUUUGCAUUAUCCAUCAGGGCAAGUAGCCUUUUAGUUAAAAAAACAAAAACCCAAAAGAAAAACCAUCAUAAUAUUUUAAAAAGUAAACAUUUCCCUUGAACUGUACCAUAUAUUAAUUUUCUUUUAAUGCAUAAAUGCUUGCUAGUUAAGUUCAGUUAAAUAUACAUGUAAAUAUGUUUAAAUAGCUCAAUAUAGAAGUUUAAACCAUGUUUAAAGGCAAGUUUUUUGUUUAUAUAAGAUGAAACAUUUUUUGUCACUGUUUGUUUUGUUCUUAUCACAUCUAUCAGUUAAAAACAUAUCGCACCAAGUCUGUAUACACCCUCUUAAUUAGAUCAGGGCUGAAUUCAUCAAGAUUACAAAUGAAAUCUCAUCACAUACUUAAACUAAGUUUUUUUCUCGAUAGGAGGAGGAUGUCAAAAAUAAAAGGAGAUAUAGAUACUUACGAGGGGUGAUCAAAACGUUUUGUUCGCAAACUGUCUCUAAAGAGCUAA